AAGUAAAGGUUAGUGACUUAUUGUUGAUGCUGGAUAUCAUACUUUUAAACCGGUGACAGACUAUGACAAGCAACAACCACCGGAAACGCGAUACAAACAGCAUUGCUGUCACUAAAACAACAAGCUUGUCUCUAAGACAUGCCCCAAUCUGGGUUGGGCGGCGCUACUCAGGCGUCUGCAUAUGAAUCGCCUGAAUUUUCUGAUAUGCAGGUGGGAGAUGUUUCUGAGGAAGGCUUGCAAUUCUGCCCCUGGAAGCUCAUUCGAGUUUAUCCACAUCAAUAUGUAGGCAGGGGUAGACAAGGAGAGGUAGGAUCGUUUUUCAAGGCUACCAUGUUCGAGGGACGUUCCUGGGACUUCUUUUUCCUGCUGGACCCUGGUGCGAAUGGCAGAGAUCCUCUCCUUCUAGUUCCGAGUACCCAGUUUGAGGAAUAUCUUGACGAGGCCAAUGUCCAACUAGGGGCACGAUUGUCUAUUCCCAAGGGAGGGGCAGGUGCGGAUUUCUUCGUCACUUUUGACACCCUAAAUGCACCUCGACCUCGCUAUCUUGGUCGUAUUGGUAGUGAAGGGGCCGUUGAGGCGCUAAAAAUUCGGAUCGCCAAGCUUCCCAAGGAUGACCUCACUCAACUUGAUUCUGCUUCCCUCCGUCGCUACAGGGAUAAGAUGAACUGGAUAUAUGGCACUUUCAAGUCGUCAAAAAAUAAGAAAGACCCAGAGGUGGCUCGAAUUAAGAGGGUCGAUCGUCAGAAGGGUUAUGGACGGAUGGUCAAGCGAGCACAGCGAUAUCUUGGCCUUCGAGACCGUACUGCCUACCGAUCUAACCCAGGAACCUUAGCGCUAAAUUGGAAUGUGAAUAUGGAAGUUCCCUUCAAGACUAACUCUUUGCGAUUCAUCUGUGUUGACGUUGAAGCAUGGGAAACCGCAAAUGACGUAAUCACUGAGGUGGGAUUAGCGAUCCUUGACACUGAAGAUACGAUGAAGAUUCCGCCCGGUGAAGAUGGUCGCAAUUGGUUUCCAUUAAUUAAAUCACGCCAUUUCAGAAUCCGAGAGCAUGUCAAUAAGGUCAACUACAAAUUCAUCCACGGAUGCCCUCAUUUGUUUGAUUUCGGUGAAUCCGAGUUCGUCAGUGCCCAAGACACUGCCAAGAAGGUUGGGUCAAUCAUCGGGGAUAAUGAAUCUCAGGAUAAACGACCUGUUGUCAUGGUUGGGCAUGAUAUUGCUCAGGAUUUGAAGUAUCUCCUGAAAAUCGGGUACAAUCUCUGGUGUGUGCCACAGAUUCUUGACGAGAUGGAUACGAAGUCGAUGUUUCAACGCUGGGAAGGAUCACCUGACGGUCGUGGUCUCGCCCAUGUCUGCGAAGAAUUGGGAAUCCCAGGCCGAAACUUCCACAAUGCCGGCAAUGAUGCGACGUACACAUUGCGAGCUAUGAUCGUUAUGGCGGUACGACAAAUAUUCGGAAACUCUGCGAAAGUGAUGGAGAAGAUGGCGGAGAAGACGACAGAGAAGGUACAAGAGAAGCCAGGAGAGAAAACUGCCAGGGAGUUCAACUACAGUGAGUGGAGCGACGGAGAAAUGGACGAUGGUGGCCUACCUCAAAAGACGCCAGAGCCUACACCGCAGCCUGGUUAUAUUGCUAGCAAGUAAACCCAUGAAGAUGCGCCCAAGCAUUACUAACAUUCGUCCAAUAGGCUCGAUGGCCCAACUUUCAUUAUGGUAAAUCCUACCUCCAGCCAUGACUUGGUUUUGGUCUCAUGGCUUCGAGUUUCGGUUUGAUUACAUGAGAAGUUUCCUUUAGCAACGAUGAAUUCGUCAUCCCUGCUUUAUUCGAAUUUGCGGAUAGCUUGAGGCUCAUUUCCUGAUUUAUCAUUUCCAUGCUGGUUUGCUAUGAUUUCGAGAAGAGACUUUACCCCUGAGAUAGGGGUGUAUGUGUAUUAUGAGUACAAUACACGAUAUCGAUGAGAUACAACCCAAUGCAAUGAUUUUCCUCUAACCGAUGCCCUAAACGCCGUCGCUCCGUGCAUGCUGCGGUAUUAUACAUU